CGCAAAUACAUCACGCGGGCGAGCAGAACCGCAUACAUUGGAUGUAUAUCAAGUCUCAAGCCCGACACACAAUGUUGUGCUGUUGUGUAAAGAUAUCUGUGAUAGAUGAUCCGCUCAUUCUGGGGACAUCGUAUUGUUUUUGAACAUCGACGGUCUUGUCAAAUCGUACGCUUUGUCCGGCAUGGUUUCAUUGUCCAACAUUUAUGAUCCUGCCACCCGAUGGUCUUUUUUAUGUUAUAAAGAACUCAAUUUCUGAGGAGGCGGUUAAUUUUUGUCGUUGUUUCUUCCAUCAUGUCAUAUAUUUACAGUUACCCUUCGAAUGACUUGCCGUCAGAAAUGCCACCGCAAAAUCCAGAAAGAGAGCGGGCCUCUCAGCCUAACCACGAUUUACUUAUGGCAACCUACGGACUAGAACAACCAGAUCCGCGGAAUAUCAUUCAGCUCGUCAGUCAUGGUACACGCGACAAACCAUGUAUUCCAGAUUGCAUUGCCAAGAAAUUCACGCUCUACCAGCCUUUCUACAUAUGUAUAGAUCCGAUGCCUAUAACGAGCAGUUGUCUUAGCUUCAAAGCUUCCGGCCGCGUCAAGUACACUUUCCCCAGGCCUAUGUUCGACCAUCUGCUGUACAGAAUUGACUUUGGGUGGGCUAGCAUGCUGCAAGUCUUGCAGGGAGACCGGUCAUGGACUCCAGAGGCGUACCCAAUUGCAUUGGUUGGAGUGGAGUGCAUUGAUGUCGUCUUUCAUGCCAGCGGCUACCUUCCGCAAUAUAUACGUAUUCCCUUGAUGUGCAAACACCGUUCGGGAAUGACGUUCUAUGAGUUGGCGUAUAGUGUUUCGGCUGGUUAUCGUGAUAUAUUUACGAGGGAAGCGGAGAACAUCUCGCCUGGUCGGACAGCGACAAUGACACCUAUCGUGAUGAAUGUAAACAAUCUGAGAUUAGGAUCGUUGUAUACAGAGGAUCCGUCGAAGACGAGAUGGUGGGCUGAGAUUGUCUUGAUCGAGGUCCUUCAGUAG